CAGCUUUAUCCAUUCCAAGAACCUUACCUAAUUUAGUACAGCUUACUGUUUCAAAAACCCCCUGGUCUUGCAAUUAUGGUCAAUCGAAGACCAAGGCCGUGGACCCUUCUUCGUCUUCUCCUAGUCGUCUUGCUCCAACAGUUUGAAAAUGAUCGAGUUUCUCUAUAUACAAACAGGGGCUUUCAUGGGUCUCUGUUAAUUUAGUCAAAUAUUCGCUUAUUUUAAUACCUAAAGCGAAUGUGCCCCCUCUAGCUGUCUGCGCCUGCUACCCAACCUAAAGGGGUCGACUUCUUCCUACCUUCUUGUUUGUCCCUUAUAUAUAUUUGGCUUUACUCUUUGAGAUAAACUUCAUUUUAUUGCUGUUUGAGCCAGACCCAUUUGACCCAUUUGACCUAUUUUCUGUAUAUCUUCGUUCAUCUGUGCUUGCUUGCAUUUGGGUUCGUGUUUUGAAGCUGAGAAAUGUUGCUGGUUUCUUAUUUGUGUCUGUGUUUGAGUUUGUUGUGGGGGAAAUCGUGGGCGGCUUCUGCCGGCGGCGAUGGCACCACGAGGGAGCUCGAUCAGACUCCUACAUGGGCCGUUGCCGGUGUUUGUGCUAUUAUCAUCGUUAUUUCUAUCGCCUUGGAGAAACUCCUCCAUAAAGUUGGAACGUGGCUUACGGAUAAGCACAAGAGAGCCCUAUUUGAAGCUGUGGAGAAGGUUAAAGCUGAGCUGAUGAUUCUGGGAUUCAUUUCACUGCUCCUCGCCUUUGGACAGAACUAUAUCAUCAAAAUCUGCAUCCCCACAGGGGUGGCAAACACUAUGCUACCGUGUGCAGCGGCCAAAGGCCUUGAUGAGGAGAAGGACUCGAGCGGAGCCGGUGAAGGUGAACAUCAUAGACGACUUCUAUGGUAUGAACGUAGGGUGUUGGCUGGUCAUGGUGGUACUGUUACUUGCGAGAAAGGUCAUGUGCCACUUAUAUCUAUCUCAGGAUUGCAUCAGUUGCACUUAUUCAUUUUCUUCUUAGCUGUGUUUCACGUAGUGUAUAGUGCUAUCACAAUGAUGCUUGGGAGGCUAAAGAUUCGAGGUUGGAAGGCAUGGGAGGAGGAGACCUCAACUCACAACUAUGAGUUCUCAAAUGAUAACGCACGGUUUCGGCUCACUCACGAUACAUCAUUCGUGAAAGCCCACACGAGCUUUUGGACAAAACUCCCUGUCUUCUUUUAUAUUGGAUGCUUCUUUCGACAGUUUUUUAGGUCGGUUGGUAAGGCUGACUACAUGACGUUACGUAACGGAUUCAUCGCUGUUCAUCUAGCUCCAGGAAGUAAAUUUGACUUCCAAAAAUAUAUUAAAAGGUCUCUAGAGGAUGACUUCAAAAUUAUUGUGGGAGUGAGCCCCGUGCUUUGGGCAUCGUUUGUCGUGUUCUUGCUCAUAAACGUUUAUGGAUGGCAGGCAUUGUUUUGGACAUCCUUGAUCCCUGUGAUUAUAAUCCUGGCUGUUGGAACAAAGCUUCAAGGAGUUCUGACAAAAAUGGCUCUUGAAAUCACAGAAAGACAUGCUGUUGUCCAAGGAAUCCCUCUUGUUCAGGCAUCGGAUAAAUACUUCUGGUUUGGCAAGCCUCAGCUGGUUCUUUAUCUCAUCCACUUCGCUUUGUUUUCGAACGCGUUCCAAAUAACGUACUUCUUCUGGAUUUGGUAUUCCUUUGGGCUAAAAUCCUGCUUCCAUACUAAUUUCACGCUUGCACUUGUAAAAGUUGGGCUCGGGGUUGGCGUUCUCUGUCUUUGCAGCUAUAUUACUCUGCCACUCCAUGCUCUUGUGACUCAGAUGGGUUCGCGUAUGAAGAAGUCGAUCUUCGAUGAACAAACAUCGAAGGCCCUCAAGAAGUGGCACAUGGCUGUUAAGAAGCGGCAUGGAAAGUCCCCAACUCGUAAGCUGGGGAGUCCGAAUGCGUCGCCAAUGCAUUCAUCAUCUGCAUACACAUUGCGCCGUUUCAAGACCACAGGGCACUCAAACAAAUCAUCCAUGUAUGAGGAGGCUGAGGCAUCUGAUUAUGAAGUUGAUCCGUUGUCGCCUAAAACUGAUACUCCAGAUUUUACGGUUCGAAUAGACCGCGGCGAUGAACAUCAAACUGAAAUAAUUGAAUCCGAGCAGCCAGAAAGAAGGAAUGAAGAAGAUUUCUCAUUUGCUAAGCCUGGACCAGUGAAAAGACCUUGAAAAUUCUUUCUGUUUGUAAUUAGCUUUUGAUAAUGUUUUCAGUCGUUUCACACGUAGGAAACUGUAUGUGUAGCUCAUGAUUUGUACAUUCUUGGGGUUUAUAAAUUGUUGGAUGUUCAUUGGUCAAAA